AUGCCCAACGUGACGUUCUCGGGCUUCAACGUCAGCCACAAGGACGACUGCCUCAAAAACACCAAACAGAACAACCUGCCGCAGAUGGACGGUUGCAACAAGAAGUGCACUCCUGCGGGCAUCACAUGCGCGAUGCCCUCUGGAUCCCCUCGCUCACCAUCCCCAACAUCGUCUUCUACCCCGCAAGACCGCUACCAAACUGAGAGCAUAUUCUUCUUUGGCGAUUACAGCACCGACGCCAGUGCCGUCGACAGAGAGGUCAUCGUUGAGGGAACAUUCUCCUCGCCCUUCGCCUUCCAGAAAUUCCCCUUUGACUCCCAGGUGCUGCGGUUGGUGGUGGCGGUGGAGGGCAGUGGCGAGUUCUACCUGGUGGGGAGCAACUCGGGACGGCAGUCGGAGCAGGGGGGCGGGCAGCUGGGGGGAGGGGGAGGCACGUACGUGAAUGAUGAGGUCACGGGCUGGAAGAUCGCGAGUGUGGCUCUCAACUGCACUCCCUCUGACACCACUGUCAGCAGCUCUGCUACCUACACUCCAGAGGACCCGUGGAACGCCGUACCGGACAACACCGGCAGCGAUGGAGCAGCGAGCAACCAGAGCUCAACAUGCGUUUUCACCAUCCAAAUCAAACGCACCAGCAGCGUCUACGUCAUCGCUGUGCUGCUGCCGGUCAUCCUGAGCGUCUAUCUCACAUUCACGGCCUUCAUUGCAAAGCCAGAGGAUCUCGAGAUUCGAUUGGGGGCGUGCCUCACGCUCUUCCUUGCACUCGUCGCCAUUCAGUUCGUCAUUGACAGCCAGCUACCACGCACGUCAGCAAUAACCAACUUUGGGUACCUGAUGAUCACGUCUUACAUCGUCAUCUGGCUGUGCACCAUGGAGACCCUCGUCGCCUUCUGCAUCGCCGAGCGCAUCGAGAAGAACGUGCAGGAGCUCGUGCAGGAGACGCUGCCACCCGGUCUCUCCAUGAAGCGCCGCUCCGAUGCCGACAAGACAGCAGGCGAGAAGCUGAUGGCCGCUGACAGCGACGACCCUGAAGCCAUUGCGGAAGCUGCGGCUGCAAGGAGGGCUGCUGCUGCUGAGGAGAAGCAGAAGAAGAAUGUCCCAGGCCUGAUGAGAUUCCGGUUGUUUGGCUACCAUGUGAGACAGUCCGACCCCGACAGAGCUAAGAAAGGCAACUACCGGCUUGCAGUCAGAAUCGACUUUGUUGUUGGUCUUUUUCUCUUCACUGGCUACACUGUGGCCUGGAUAGUUCUGUGCACCAUUUGA